UAUAAAUUGCAGGUAUCCCGGCAUUCCCAGUUUUAGUCUUGCAGUGAGUUUUGUUUUUGAAGGUACAAAGUUAAAUAAAUUUACACUCUGGCUUAAAGUAGAAGAAGCUACUCUUAAACUGUAAACAUGAAGUGGUGCUUAGUGACCGCAAUUUUCUUAAAUUACCUACUGUACCAAGAGGUCGCCGCCAAUGUAAUACAGGAUCGCAAUCUUUUCGCCACCGAACUUUUUCAGACAAUCGCCAGCGAUAAGCAAUACGAGAAUGUCAUUAUCUCACCUGUGGCCAUACAAACAGCACUCGGUCUGGCUUACUAUGGCGCCGAUGGCAAAACCGCUACCGAAUUGCAGCGUAGCCUCCAUGCGCAAUCGCAGAGCCGCAACGGUAUUGCAAAGAGUUAUCACAAACUUUUGCAUUCCUUUGUGAAACCGAAAACCACAUUAGAGAUUGCCAAUAAAAUCUACGCCAAGGAUGAGCUCGUAAUCGAACCAGAAUUCCGUGAAGCGGCACAAAAGUAUUUCGAUUCCGAUGCGGAGCAAUUGGAUUUCACUGACGAACCAAAAGCUGUGGAUAAGAUCAACAAGUGGCUGGCUGAGAAGACCAAUGGCAAGAUUAAGCAUGUUUUGGAUAAUAUAGAGCCUGAUAUUAAUGUGGCGCUGGUGAAUGCUAUCUACUUCAAGGCCAAGUGGGCGCGUCCCUUCAUGGAUGAUGAAACAUCAGAUCGUAUAUUCUAUAUAAAUGAUAAUGAAACGGUGAAAGUGCCGACAAUGUUCGCUGAUAAUUGGUACAACUAUGCCGAUUAUGAAGAGUUGGAUGCCAAGGCGAUUGAGUUGUUCUUUGAGAAUACCGAUUUGCGUAUGUGGUUUAUAUUGCCGAAUAAGCGUAACGGUCUUUACGAGUUGGAACAGAAGUUGAAGGGUGUGGACUUUGAUGCGUUGGAAAAGCGUUGGGAAUGGAACAGUGUAACGGUGAAUUUGCCGAAAUUCGGUUUUGAAUUCGACACUGAUUUGAAGCCGUACCUAUUGAAGCUCGGCAUCAAGACUAUGUUCACUGAUGAAGCUGAUUUCAGCAACAUUUUCCAUGAAUCGCCUAUUAGCACACGCGUCUCACGCGUCCAACACAAGGCCUUUAUUGAUGUCAAUGAAAUCGGUUGCGAAGCUGCCGCCGCCAGUGUUGCUGUCGGCGUGCCAAUGUCUUUGCCAUGGGAUCCGAAAACUUUUAUUGCCGAUCACCCAUUCGUUUUCAUCAUACGUGAUCCUCAUGCGAUUUACUUCACUGGCCACAUUGCCAGAUUUUAGAUUAGGGCCCGGUGAACAAAAGCAGCUUUUAAUGUUGCAUAAAUUUAGCUUUUAAGUGAAAAUACAUUCAUUUGCAUUUAAAUA